AUGAUUGAAUGGAGGGAGAAGUUUGUCAGCUCAACGGAAUUGAGUUUGGUAAGGAGGAAAAGGCGCGGCGCAAUUAUAUCGAUCAACACUUCUAGUUCUACCUCACCUCAUCUCAAUAACCUCAACUAUGUUGUGCUAUUUGGGAAGGAAAAUUUUGAUUACUAUUUUUUUGGAAAAAAAAAUCCGCCGCCCAACAAUGAUAUUCAUUUGUGUUACUUACAUUCCGCGACUGAUCAUUUUAUUGGCUUUGCCAAUUGCAAAAUGUAUACAGGAAUUGAGCGUUCCGGAAUGAUCCGACGUCAGGUGUUUCAUCUCUCAUUUCGGACAAAACGAAGACCGGAUCAUGUUUGGAAUAGAGAAUGCAAAUCUAACCGGAGUACGGAUGCAUUUCUGGAUGAUUCAAAUGAACCACUGCUGCAUUUUGUUGAUGAAUGUUGCAUCGAUAAUAACUUGGAUAAAACAAAUGGAGGGCAUUUCAAAAGGAUUUAA